ACCCACAGCGUCACGGCGACUUCGACAGCGACCACUUUGGUCAAUUUCUCUACUCCUACCUAUUCCAACACCCGAUCGUACUGCCACGGUCAAAAGCAGUGUGCGCCCAAUCCAGCCAGUUUUAUAAUUGGCCUCUUUCGAGACCAGAUAUAGCUUCAUCAUGCGGCUGUCCUCACUAUCAGCGGCGCUCCUUGGUGCGUUCGCAUGGACUACCAGCGCUUCCGAGUUCGAUGACGAGAACAUCAGGAGUAUCUCGCUCAGGACACAUUCCUUGACCCAGCCUUACCUCGACUCGGAUAUGCAAAGCCGCUGGUACGACUUUGGCGGAGAUACCAUUAUUCGAACCGAUUCGUACAUCCGACUUACUUCUGAUCGUCCUUCGCAGUCGGGAUGGAUGUACUCGCGAGUACCCCUCACUGCGACAAACUGGCAGGUUGAGGUUGAGUUUAAGAUUUCAGGCAAGAACCAGCUCUAUGGCGACGGUUUUGCUAUGUGGAUUACCCGCCAGCGUGCGCAGCAGGGAACUGUCUUUGGCGGACCCGACAACUUCGAGGGCCUCGGAGUCUUCAUUGAUACCUACAAGAACAACCGUCCCGGUGUCGUCUUCCCCUAUGUUAUGGCCAUGUAUGGUGAUGGCAAGACCUCUUACGACAAGUCCAACGACGGAAAGCACACUGAGCUCGCUGGCUGCUCUGCACGCGGCAUCCGACAUGCAAGCAUCCCCACCAAGCUGCGCCUUACCUACUUCCAGGACAAGCAGCUCAAGCUGGAACUCCAGUACAAGGUUGAGGAUGAGUGGCAGACAUGCUUUGAUCUUGAGGAUCCCCCGGCUGUUCCCAACAUCGCCUACGUCGGUUUCACUGCCGAGACUGGUGAGCUUAGCGACAACCACGAUAUCAUCUCCGUCGCUGCCAAGAACCUGUACACUCAACCUGGCACCAGUAGCAACACUGGCAGCAAAUCCUCCAGCAGCAAGGGCAAGUCACGCAAGGGCAGUGGCAAGACCACCGGCGGCCAGAAGGAGGGCGGCAGCUGGACAUGGUUCUUCACCAAGAUCAUCCUGUUCAUCAUCGUUGCCGGUGGUGCGUACGUGGGUUACACAGCCUACCGAUCUAAGGCCAAGUCGCACAGGUUCUAGGCCGAUUAAAAAUGAAUUGUAUCAAACAGCGCCUGGGGUGUGAGAAAUUGAGGGAUGGGGCCGAGUUGAGGUACACACGAGUCUCUGCUCAGAGAGCAACAUCUGAGUUUCCUUGUAUCUUUUGUAUGUAGGAGGGAGGCUAGUGGGAAGGACACAAGCCGGUGAAGUAUUGUGAAUACCUUUGAAGAAAAAUAUAUCUAUCUUUUUGUUGUACUAUGAAACUUGUAUCGUGUUGAUGUCUUGUUUGACCUCUACCAGGUGAAACUGAUGGAAGCAUUUGAGGAGCAUAUCUACGUGUGUCGGCGGAUUGUUGGUCCAGGCUUAGUUUCCUC